AUGUAUGUAUUACAGAAUCAUGUUGGUGUUUCCUUAAAUAAGAUUCUUAAAGUUGUCUUUGUAUACAUUAUCUGUUGUACCGUGUCUGUUAAUAGCGCACCAACAUGUAUAGAACCUACAAACUUACAAGCUAAAUUCAACAGAUUAAACGGCGGUAUAGACACCAGGACAUUAUUAUUCACGGAAGGUUGGAAACACGACACACUGGACAGUGAUUUUGAACAACUGGUAAAAAUAGGCGAAAAUAAAACUCAAAGCAGCUGUCCUUCAACUUCUUUAAAAGGAUCCAAUCUCCCAUUAAUGGUACGUACAUCAUGUCCUUGGUUUUUAGAGAGAACGCAAUACAGUGCUGAAACAUAUCCCCAUGAUAACUAUAAAGCUACUACUAAAUGUACUAAGUGUAUAGAUGCUUCUGGAGAUCAAAAAUGUUCACCAAUUCAACAGAAAAUCCAGAUAUUAAAACGAGCAGGUUGUGAAAAUGGUUUUUACAAAUAUGAAAUAACAGAUACCUAUAUUCCAGUAGCUUAUGUAUGCGAACAGCCAAGAGAAGUCGUAAAUGAUGUACAAAUAACCACUGCCCGACCUCCAGUUGAUGGACCAGUUGAAAUGUAA